GGGAAGGCAUUUGAGAGGGGACUGUAUUAUCUCCCCACUAAGAUUAUGAUGUCGGUUGAAGGCUCCACAAUAACGAGCAGAAUAAAAAAUUUACUUCGGUCUCCCUCUAUCAAAUUGAGAAGAAGCAAACCAGGGACCAAGCGGGAAGAUAUCGGCACUAAGGUGACUUUAGAAAAAGUGCUGGGAAUCACUGUGUCUGGUGGCAGAGGAUUGGCCUGUGAUCCUAAGAAUGGUCUCAUUGCUUAUCCAGCUGGGUGUGUUGUUGUGCUGUUUAACCCCAGGAAAAACAAGCAGCAUCAUAUUCUAAACAGCUCCAGGAAGACUAUUACGGCCCUUGCUUUUUCUCCCGAUGGAAAAUACCUGGUUACUGGAGAGAGCGGGCAUAUGCCUGCAGUCCGUAUAUGGGAUGUUGCUGAGCGGACCCAGAUGGCUGAGCUUCAAGAGCAUAAGUAUGGAGUGGCAUGUGUGGCCUUCUCACCGAGCUCCAAGUACAUUGUCUCAGUGGGUUAUCAGCAUGACAUGAUAGUCAAUGUUUGGUCAUGGAAGAAAAACAUUGUUGUGGCAGCCAAUAAAGUCUCAAGCAAAGUGACAGCAGUUUCAUUCUCUGAGGAUUGCAGCUAUUUUGUUACAGCUGGAAACCGGCACAUCAAAUUUUGGUACCUGGCUGAUAGCAAAACCUCUAAGGUGAAUGCUACAGUCCCCUUGCUUGGGCGUUCUGGUUUGCUCGGAGAACUGAGGAACAAUUUUUUUACAGAUGUGGCAUGCGGCAGGGGUAAAAAAGCAGACAGCACGUUUUGUAUCACUUCCUCUGGUCUGCUGUGUGAAUUCAAUGACAAGAGGCUAUUGGACAAGUGGGUAGAAUUGAGGACUACUGUGGCAAACUGCAUCUCCGUGAACCAUGAUUACAUCUUCUGUGGCUGUGCCGAUGGUACUGUUCGAAUUUUUAAUCCUUCAAAUCUUCACUUUGUGACCACACUCCCUAAACCACACUUCCUAGGGACGGAUAUCACCAGCAUUACGGAAGCCAGUCGGCUUUUCUCUAAUGUGACUGAUGCCAAGUAUCCAGACACCAUUGCCUUAACCUUUGAUCCGAAUAACCAGUGGCUGUCUUGUGUUUACAAUGAUCACAGCUUGUAUGUGUGGGAUAUCAAAGACCCCAAGAAAGUGGGCAAGGUUUAUUCCGCGUUAUACCACUCCUCCUGUGUCUGGAACAUUGAGGUGUACCCUGAUGUAAAAGAUAGCAAUCAGUCUUGCUUGCCCCCAAACACCUUCAUCACUUGCUCCUCGGAUAACACCAUCCGCCUGUGGAACACUGAGAGCUCAAACAUCCACGGAGCCUCCUCACAUCGGAACAUUCUGAGCAAUGAUUUGAUGAAAAUCAUCUAUGUAGAUGAAAACACUCAGCCCCUCUUGGACACAGAAUACAAUACAGCUGGAGGUGUAGAGAAGGCCGACACACAGGCCAUAGAUACAAAAGUGGGGAUUCGCACAGUGUGUGUGAGCCCUACUGGGGAGCACCUGGCCUCAGGGGAUAGGAUAGGCACUCUCAGGAUCUAUGAAUUGAAGCCCCUGAGAGAGAUGCUGAAGGUAGAAGCCCAUGAUUCUGAAAUCCUCUGCCUUGAAUACUCCAGACCAGAGACGGGAUUGAAGCUUCUAGCAUCUGCAAGUCGGGAUAGAUUGAUUCAUGUCUUGGAUGCAGAGAAGGAUUAUAGCCUGCAACAAACCCUGGAUGAACAUUCAUCUUCCAUAACUGCAGUGAAAUUUGCAGCCAAUGAUGGAAAAGUGAGAAUGAUCAGCUGUGGUGCUGAUAAAAGCAUCUAUUUCCGCACUGCACAGAAGACAAAUGAUGGGGUCCGGUUUACUCGUACACAUCAUGCUGUUAGGAAGACUACUCUUUAUGAUAUGGAUGUGGACCCUAACUGGAAAUAUGCUGCUAUUGGAUGCCAAGACCGUAACAUCAGGAUUUUCAACAUCAGCAGUGGGAAGCAAAAGAAACUAUACAAGGGAUCUCAAAGUGAAGAUGGCACUCUAAUUAAAGUGCAAAUGGAUCCUUCUGGUCUGUACAUUGCAACUAGUUGUUCUGAUAAGAACCUUUCUAUCUUUGAUUUCUAUUCAGGCGAAUGUGUAGCCACGAUGUACGGGCACUCAGAGAUCGUAACUGGGAUGAUGUUCAGUAAUGACUGUAAGCACUUGAUUUCAGUCUCUGGUGACAGCUGUAUUUUCAUUUGGCGUCUGAGUUCUGAGAUGACCAUCAAUAUGCGUCAGCGGCUGGCUGAUAUGAAGCAAAGGGGAAAACAAGCAGAAAAAACUCAACCAGGCAAAACAGCUGGUCUUGCCAGGCAUGAAUCAGUCUCUGUCCUCUCAUCUGCACCAGUGCUUUCAUCAGAUAGUGAUAAGGAUGGUGAAGACGAAGGAAAUGAUGAGGAUGAGUUACAUGGGCUACAGUCUUUCCAAAUGACAACCAAUGUCAAUCUUGAAAGUUGUUCAGAUCUUUCUCUUUCAAGGAGCUUAUCUCACUGGGAAAUGAGACGGGCAAAAGAAAUGGCGAUGAUCCAGUCUUCAGAAAACACCAUGAGCAAAAUGCCUCGGCAGCGGAGCCGUUGGAGCCAGCCAACCAGCAGCUUAGAGAUGACGGUUAAAUCUAUGCUUGAUCUACGUCAACUGGAGUCUUUCUCAGUCUCUCGUUCUGCUAGUCAGGAUUCUCUUUCCCAGGCCAGCAAUGGAGAGGAUCACAAAGAGCACCCCAAUAUUUCAACUUAUGCCAAGAAGGAGGGAGGUUCCUCAGCUCAUGAAGAAAAUCAGCCUUGCCUUCGGCCUCAAGUGAUUAGACUUGUGUCCUGUGAAGGAGGGAUUUUCCCACAGGAAAUGGAACCUUCAGAGAGUGAAGAAUGUGUCAUCUACCCAGAACAAGAUGAUCUUCCUCCUGCUGAUAUCAGCAGUGAUUUCCAAGUAAAAGCACUUCCUCAUGGAAAACUGGGUAGAAGCUACAAUAGCAUUGAGGGCCCAGAUAAGCACAGCCCCGACAGUGCUUGUUCUGUGGAUUAUAGUAGCAGUCGCCUAUCAAGUCCAAAUGAAGAUUCGGAGAGUACUGAGCCUCUCAGUGUGGACUGCACUUCAGACUUGGAUGAGCAAGUGGGUGAAGAAGAUGAAGAAGAUGUAAACACUGGACUAUUGAAUGGAGAUGUUCCCACGACUCCAGAUCAAGAGAAAUUCCUCAAGCAGCAUUUUGAGACUCUAGCCAGUAACAGUGAUAAGGAUGGAUCCUGUAGGACCCUGGAGAGAAUGGAAAACAGUAUUUCUUCUCGGUUUCUAUCUCGGUUUCCAGUACUCAGGGAACACUCAGCUUCUACAUCAAAGCUGGUACUGGGUGAGAAAUCUACUGAAGGGUCUGCUUUGCCAAAGCAAGUUACCAAUGAACUGCUGAAGAAUGGGCUGGACCACCAGCACAUUCCUAUGGAGAAUGGCUUCCUUCAAAAUGAUAUUAAUUCCAUUAGGUCACUUUAUAUGCAGAAAAAAAGAAAAUCUGCUGUAGAGAUCAACAGAGGACAUGGACGAUCUGUUGGCUCUUUCCCAGGUAGCGAUGGAGAAGCGGUAUUGUGGAAAUCCCAAUCAGUUCAUGAUCUUGUUCAUAAUGAUAAAAUUCCUGGCGUGAUACUGUCUGUCAGGCAGCGGCCUCAGGCACUAAUGGUAGGUGAGAAGGAACCAAAAUCCAAUCAUUGUCAGACAUUUUCUGCAGCACUGUUGAAGAUGGAAAGUUCCAGUUGUUUGCAAGCCAAAGACAUUAAAGCUACAAAACCAAAGUCGUACAUGAGUCCUACCACUAGCUUCAUGGCCAAGAUGUCCCGUAGUGUGUCUGUGGGAGAGAACCUGUGCUUUGGUGAUGGUUCAGAAAACCAGAAUGAAGUGAAAAUCAGCCCACAAGUAUCAGAGAAAACAAGAUUAAAUCUGUUAGAGGACAUUGAGAAGAAUAAGCCAUUUGUGAAAGACAACAGCCCAGUGAAACUUUCUCUUCAGCAAACUACAAGCUCUUCAUCACCCAAGUCCUUUCAUAGCAAGUUGGUAUCUAGUCGGGCCCAUUUGACCCUUGACAUCCCCAAGCCUCUCCCUGAUAGACCGAUAUUAGCUUCUUUCUCACCAAAGACAAAGUCAAAAACUGUGCUGGGAUCAGAAUCUCCUCAGUCACCUGUUGCUGUUGGGAAAAAGAAACAGUCUUUUCCUGAAGGAUGGGCCUUGAAAUUGGAAAGUCAAGCAUCUGGACCUCUUGGCUUUGGUAAAAGUAGUCCUUUGAGUCCCUAUGCAGACACUCUGAAAGAGAACCAAACACAAUUGGGGUCCAAAGCCCAACUUGAGCCAAGAGUAACUAAUUCUAAACUAAAAGAGCCUUCAGAUGAACUGCAUCCGAAUUCUCCAGAAAAACUGCCACUGGAAUGCGGAGAUAAACUUGCCACUACUAGUUAUGUGCCAGCAAAUGAUGAGCAUUGCUCUUAUGAACAAAGUGGGCCAAGGUCUCCUACAAAUGCAAAAGGCCUUGGAAAGGAUUCAGGUUCUUCAAUCAGUGUUGAGCAAUGCAAGCAUGUAGUGUCUGAGCUCCAGGACAGUAUGCGUAAGGCCAUCCAGAUAUAUCACAUGGUAUCUACUGACAUGGAAUCUUCACCUGACAAAGAUGAGAUUGCUGGUCUCUUCACUGAAACUUUCUCUGUAAUGAAAAGAGAUUUGGAUUCCCUGAAAGAUGGUAAAGGACUUCAAAGGAAGAAAAAUCAACUGAUGCAGCCACAAAAUAUAGUUGGGAUGCCAUUAGGGGAGAGCAGUGGUGAAACUUUAUCUAGUCCUCGGCAUUUUGGAGAUGACCAAACUCUCGCCUUGUUGGAACAAUAUUCAGAGUUACUGCUACAAGCUGUUGAACGACGUAUGGAUAAAAAACUUUAAUUAGAGUUUUCAACGACACACGUUUUUAAUGGAAUGCUUAGAACCAUAUACAAAAACUGAUGGAACUUUAUCAUAUUGACAACUUGAAAUAAUACUUUGGGGUGUUUUUUUAAUCCAACGGGCAAAUAUCUUUUCUUUUAACAGAAACAGUUCUGUCCACAUCUUUUUAAAAUGUGCUGGUCACAGUACUAAUCCCCUUGUGCCUAUCUCCUCCAUUAAGAGUGUUAUAAGAAAUAUUUGGCUUUAAAAAACCAUUCUAGCAAUUAAAGGGAAUCAGUCCAGGGGUGGCACAGUCUGAAACUGCUGACUUAAUAGAAUGAGAUCAAGAUGAAAUAGGUUUGUCCCUUUGCAGUGUUAUCUCAAACUAGGUAUUCACUAUUAAAACUUUUAUUUAUUAAUUUAUUUUUGCAAUUAUAACUCUGAAACUUUUUACCUGGGUUUUGUAGUUAUGGUUAUUUUGACAUGUUUUCCACAUUUAUAGUGAGAUUUGAUACAGUAAAUAUAUUGAUGGAACAGAUAGGUUAUAGAACUGCUUUCUGUUGUAGCCUGCAUUGCUAAAUUUUGCUUCCUUAUUCCUUUUUAUUAUGCCAAUAUGUUUUAUU